AUGUUUGGAGCAGCAAGAACGGUCCAGAAGUCUGGCGCGAACCUUCAGUUUGUGCGGACCAAGCGUAUCCGCGCAGGGCUGGAUCCUGUUGCGCAGCGGGUGGUCACUCAGCUUUCGGUUAUAUCUGCCAACAGAAAAAUGCCCAAGAUGCUAAAACUGUCGAAGGAAGACUUCGUCAAGCACGUCACGGUUAUGAGAGCGUGGGGGGUGGUGCGCAAGGAGAAGAAGCAGGCGGAGGAGGCGCAGCUGAAACAGCAAUACGAGAGCAUCAAGGAGGCCAACGAGGACCUGAAGCACGUGAGCCAGAAGCUGUUUGAGGCCGCCAACAAGCUCGAAAUCGGCAAGCGGUUCCCGCUGGAACUGCGUGUGCCGACCGAGUAUCCGAGUAGAAGCGGGUGGUUCUACGACUAUACGCCACGCAAACUGUAA